UAUAGCUAUUUUGCACUUCAUACGGAAGAAUUUGGCUUUCAUAAAUACCUUCAGUUUAUUGUUUUUUUGGUGGUUUAGUUACAAUUUAGCUUUGAAUUUUCGAUCCUUCCCUUUUAAACAUUGUACAAAAGUGUGUAAAAGUAACAAAAAAUAUUAGUAUUGGUGAAUUAAUAGCUCGUUUGGUAGCAACAGUGAAGAAUGUCAGAGAAGCAGAAAGGUGACACGUCACGUCCAACCACUGCGUCUGCUGUGGCAGCUGGUCCAGGGUUGACUACAAUUCCGACAGCAAGUGCUGUUGUAAAAAACCCACUUUUGAGCGCGUCUGUUACGGGUCUAACAUUUGAUGACUUUCCUAAUAAGCCUUUGCUAUUACCGCCGGUGGCGAUUAGUCGAGAACCGAAACCGCUCGUCACAAUCGGCAGUGCAACCGAUGUGGAGACUGAAAAUUUAGACGAAAUCAAUUUGAACACAACUAUCGAAGAAACACAAUCGUCAACAGAUCCCUCGGCUUUUGCAGGCAAUAUUGAUCCGAAUGCAAAUCCGCUCUGGUCAGAUGUAAACAAUCCGCCGACGGAUUCAAUACUUAGUCAAGCAGCCUCAUCAUUCUCGGCGCUACCAUCGGUGGCAUCAAGCGUGCUUUCGACCUUUUCUAAACGUAUUUCCGAAUACUCAGCCACCAAUAGCCGCGAGCGCACACCUACAAGUGAUAACGGCAAUUUAGCGCCACAGUUAGACAUACAACCUGCGUAUCUGCAGCAGCAACAGUUCCAAACGCAACCGCAACAAGAGCAGCAACAACAACAACAGUAUCCAUAUUACAAUAUCGCAGCACCGCUUGCACCACCGCCCGUAGACGCUGAUCCCGCGAGCGUUGCUGCCACACCAUACACAAGUGCGGUAAGCAGCGCAGCACCGUCACCGGCAGCACCGAAAUUUUAUACGCCCACUGAGGUGCCAACUUUACCUACAGCACCUGGUGCAGCAAAUCCACCACCUCCAGGAGGGCAGAAUACCUAUCGCUUGGCAGCGAAGAAGAAGUUGUACGCCCCCAUACCUGGAUUCUCGGAACAAACUGGUGGUGCUCCAGCGCCGCCAAUAAAUACCUUGAGCACUGCGGCGCCUUUACAGGGCAUUCCACCACUGCCACCUCAACCGGCAGUGCCAACCGAUCCUCUUGGCAACCCACUACAAGCCUAUCCAUACGAGCCAAAUUAUCAACAAACUGAGUCACAUGCGCUAAAGCAGGAGGAGCGCAAAAGCGGCGGUCUCUUUUCGAAUAUUAGCAGUUUGGUGCCAAGUGGCGUGCUUCAGAACAUCUCUGGCUUAGUACAGUCCGCCACCGGAACUUUUACGCAAGGCACAAAUAAAUCUGAAGAGCCUUCGCUGCAGUCGCCCUACGGUAAUCCAGGAGCUUACCAACAACCACCUGUAGAGCCUGCAAACGUUGGCGCAGCUCAAUAUUUUGGUGUUAGUGUAGGAGCACCUCCCGCUUCCCAAUUUUACCCCCCACCUGUAGAGGGUAGUCAGCCUGCAGCUGCAUUUUUCGCACCACCCCAGCAGUCGCCACUGUUACCGCAACAACAGCAACACAGCCCUGCCCAAAUCCAGGCACCAGCAGCUCCACCAACAUCUCAACUAUUUGCGCCACCUGCGGCCGCAUCAACUCAGGCUGCGCCACUACCGCCACCUACUGCGGGAUUUAUAUCUGGUCCACCCAAAAGUGCUACGCCAGAUUAUAACACAAAACGUCCAUCCGCAUCGACAACCCCAAUCACAUUCUUCGAUCCUACAAAACAACCGUCCACAUCGGCUUCUUUCUUUGGUGGUCCACAGCAACAAACCGUUAACCCAACGCCAGUACCUUCAACCGAUAUUUCGAAUUUAUUAGCUGGUCCAACACCGCCCUCAAAUAUCGUUGCUCCUCCACCGGCAGCAGCAGUCCCAUCAGCAGCUGUUCCCACAUUUGAUUCAACACAAAAAGUAUUCACGCAAUUUCAACCACCAUCAUUGGUUGAGCCACCAACUCAACAAAGUUUAACCCCAACACCAGCGCAGUUGUUCCAACCACCUACUUCAACCGGUAUACCAUUAUUCCAACAAGGAACUGUUGCAUCAAGUAUUCCCACACAGGUGCCAACAGCUUCACAAGCGGUAAAUUUUACUCCGCCGCAACCCAUCAACACACUUCCUCCGCCCGCAGCUUCAGCAUCCGUUCCCAACAACCAAACUCCUCUGCCUCCAACAGCCGGUGGUACAACUUCAUUUCGUUUGCAGAAGGGUACGCGACUUUAUAAGAGUCCUUUAACUUCCGCUGAGACUGCACCAGUUCAAAUACCGACUGCCAUAGCCCAACCCCUUGCUCCUCCAACAAACUUUUACAAUCCUUUUGAGUCUCCUGCGCCAAUUAGUGCACCAAGCGCUGUCGCUCCACCAUCAGUCCCAUCUGUAGUACCCAGCUAUUUCAUCGCUCAACCUGCAGAGUCUAGUGUCGGGCUCUUUGCCGUUGAUAAAGAACCCGUCCCUAAAAAAGACGUUGUAAUUCCGGAAUCACAAAACUUCUUUGCUAAUGUUAAUGUGAAUCUGGUUACACCUGAAGAACCACAACUAUUCCCUGCACCCACUACUGCAGAGGACGUAAUCUCAGAAAGUACUAUUCCACAGUCUUUAACAGCGGAAGACUUGGGAGCAAUAAUUCAACAACAAACUAUUGAACCGGAGAUUCUGCCAGUCAGCGAUUUAGCGAUUGAAGACAAUUCUGCCACACUUGAGCCACCGUCUCUAACAAAGGAACAAGGUGAAUCGCUGCACGAAGCUAUAGAUCAGCUUUCUUUAAGAGAUCCGCCACAGGAGAAAAAUAAGGAACCAGAUUUCCAACUUCCUCAGAGUGUGCCAGCAUCCACUGAAAAGGGAAUUUCCGAAAGUGUACAAACGUCCUCAUUAUUCAGUCAGCAGACUUUCCAUCCAGACUACCCACAUACUGUGGAACCUAAUUUAUCUGAGCCUCAAGAGUCACAAAUUCAACAAGAAACUCAAUCUAAGACUAGCGCAUUCAUUGAAGAGCAACUCACAGCUGAAAAUAAAUCAGAAGACUCAAUUCAGCAACCUAUUCUCGAAUCACAGAAUCAACAAUUUGAGCUGAGUCCAGUUAAGGAAUCCGAAUUACAAACCGCGAGUUUACCUUUCCAAGAACCUCAUCUUACCAACCAGCAAACCUCACUACCCCCACCAACGUCCAACCAACCUCCAGCAGUAAAUCCACUUCUGCCACCAAAUCUGCCGCACGUCAAUCGACCAACAACACAAAUUCAAAACUCCAAUCCUUUCCGUAAAAACGUUGAAGCUUCACCAUUUACCUCGAUUGUUCAGUCACAAAACGAGGCCCAACCGAAAUUAGCGAACUUCUUUGCCGAUGCGCUAGGCGUUGCCGGCCCUGGGACAACCGAAUUCAAUAUAUUUACGCCGUCACAACAGCCCCCAUUAGCCAGCACUACUGAGUCACAACUGUCCACCAUACCGACUGCGGAUCCGGUGCAAACGCCUUUAGCCCCUGCUAUAAUUCCCGCUGCUGUACCAAGCGCAGCUGGCUUUUUCGGCUUCGUCGAACCGUCACAAUCGAACUUCUUUCAGUCCGUACCGACGCAGCAAACAACCGAAUUCCCACCACUACCGCCCCUUAGCGGUAUAGCGCCACCACCGCUCGCGAGCGAAGCGCCAAGUGCAACCGAGCCGAUUCCACAAACCCCGCUGGGUAUUCCUCCACCAAUUGGUUUUGAUAAUAUUCUGCCACCAAAUCCAUUCGCAUCAACACCAUCCACAAAUCAAGUACCAACUGCGCCGCCUCUAGCGAGCGCCGACAUCGAUACCGUUUCCAUCGCUGAAACGCCGGUUUCUACAGACCUUCAGACAUCUUCUCUUACUGGUGGCAACACUGAAACGCAGCACUCAGAAGUUGUAAAUUCAUUUUCGAAUUAUUUCAAUCAAACAUCAAAUCCAACAACUGAUAACAAACAAUUACAAUCAGAACAACAACAGCAGCAAUUACCGCAAAUUGUGCAACCAGCUGCAAUCGUGCCCGCUUUGGCGGAUACUACCUCUUCCUCCGCGAACUUCUUUGAUACUUUUGCGCCGCAAGCAACGCAAUUGCCAACGACAACUGACGCCAAUUCGUUAGCAACUCAACAGCAGACAAUUAGCCAAUCGAACGAAGAUCAACGCUUGCAGAAUUUCUUCAACAAUCCACCGCAACGCGAAAACAACGCCGGUGUAGGUGAUCUCGGCUACGAUUUGGUGCAUAGUGGUCUGGCCGUGCGUCAUUUGGGCUCAGUCACAUCCGUUUCGAAUUUAGUGGAGCCGCCCUCAUCAUCGUGCUCAGAGUUUUCCGAGUUGAAUAACAGUAACGCGAGCGCGCGUAUUCUGCCUGCUGAGUUGCAAAGCAGACGUAACCCUGAGAAAAGCAUUAUUUUUGCAGAGACAGAACAAGAAGUGUUGCCAGUAGCUGCUGAAACCAAGCAGGAAGUGCCAGCAGCAGCGGAACCAAUAAAAAUCGUCGAAACACCACUUGAGUCUACAGUCGCAAAUUCCGGUAGCGAAGUGCCGUUGGAGAAGCAUUACGAAGAUUUGCCAGAGGAAGUCUUACGUGAUUUGAGAAUGGCUAAUCUGUUGACGGGUGAAAAGGCUGCAGCUUCGGCACCGCCAGUGGCUGUGCCCUACUCGCCGGCAGUCAAGCAUUGGUUUUACAAACGACCAUCUGGCAAUAAUAAGUUUCUAUGGACACCCUUUAGUCACUAUGACUCUGCUUUGCUGGAAAUUACAUUAACUAUGGGCAGCAAUGCGCCGAAUAUUGUCGCCGUCGAGGGUGGACGUUACGAUGUCAAUAUAAGUGAACGCACCAAAACACCUGUCUACUGGGAGAGCACGCCGAUUGAGGUCAGACGCUGUUCAUGGUUCUAUAAGGGCACCGACUCUAAAAUGGUGCCAUAUGAGGAGUCCAUAGCCGAUUUGCUUGAAAAUGAGUACAAGCAGGCGGUAGAGAGCGGCGAGUGGCAUAAAAAGAUCGUAUUGUCUAUGAAUGAGCAGGUGACAUUCCACGGACCCACAGUGAUCGUACACUUCCAGCAGCAACAAUCCAGCGAUGCCUGGGGUGGCACUACACAAACGACGACACGGCCUCGGGUGGUGAAACGUGAUCUAGAAGAAUUCAAUAUUGAACAGGGCGAGUCACAACGCGUCGAUCACUUGCUGCUCAUGGUGCACGGCAUCGGCGAUGCAUGUGAUCUAAAGCUGCGCAGCGUGGAUGAAGUUGUUGACGACUUCCGCAACAUCGCCCAGGCUCUGGUGCAGUCACACUACAAGAAUUCAACAGAGAUGGGUCUAGUCGGUCGCGUUGAGGUGUUGCCCAUUUCAUGGCACAGUCACUUGCAUUCGGAAGAGAUGGGCAUUGACGAGAAGCUACGUUCAAUUACCUUGGAGUCUAUACCGAAAUUACGUAACUUCACCAACAACACAUUGCUCGAUGUGCUCUUCUAUACAAGUCCGAAAUAUUGUCAGAAGAUUAUGAACACUGUGGCGGCAUCAAUGAAUGAAGUCUACAACAAGUAUCGUGAGCGGCAUCCCGAUUUCAAUGGCGGUGUAUCGCUGGCCGGGCAUAGCUUGGGUUCGUUGAUACUCUUCGAUUUGUUGUGCCACCAAAAGGCACCAAAGGAGAGUGAAGAGCAGAAUAUGGAAAACCCCGAUCAGCUCGGUGGCAGUCCCAUGGAUGCUAGCAACGAUGACGCGAGCGUCACCAGCUAUACAAUGGGUCCCGCUGGCACUGGCCAACCAUUUAUACAUUACACACAGCUUAACUUUCAACCGAAGAAAUUCUUUGCACUGGGUUCGCCUAUCGGCAUGUUCGUCACAAUUCGCGGCAUCGACAAAUUGGGUGUAGACUUUCGUCUGCCAACUUGCUCCGGCUUCUACAAUAUAUUCCAUCCAUUCGAUCCGGUUGCCUAUCGCAUCGAAGCGCUGGUUAAUCCAGACUUGAGCGGUGUGCGACCGGUGCUGAUACCACAUCACAAAGGCCGCAAACGCAUGCACUUGGAGUUGAAGGAAACAAUGACCCGCGUCGGUGCCGAUUUGAAGCAACGCUUUUUGGAUACAUUCAAGAAUACGCUGGAGAGUGUUAGCUUCUUGGGUGGCAGUUCGGCGCGGAGCAGUCGUGAGGCGGAAGAGAGCAUGUCCAAGGAAGUGGAUAAGGUCUUGAAUAUGCAGAUAGACGCAGAGAAACAUAAAAAGUCCAACUCAACUGAAGAUCAACCUGGUUCAUCGCAGGGCAACACAGAAGCGUCGCGUACGCGCUCAGAUUCCGUUUCGACAUCGCAAUCCGAUUCCGAAAUGGUUGAAAUUGAUUUCCCGCUCGGAAAAUUGAACGACUCCAAGCGCAUCGAUUAUGUGCUGCAGGAGGCACCACUCGAAUUCAUCAACGAAUACAUAUUUGCACUGGGUGCCCAUGUCUGCUAUUGGGAAUCCGAAGACACGAUACUCUUUGUCGUGAAAGAGAUCUACACCGGCCUGGGCGUUAGUCCCGACAAUCAGGUGCCACAGCAGACGAUGACAAUUGAGCGUCCGAGCUCGAGAAAUAGCAACCCGCUAUCAUCUAUCAGCGAGAAGCGUUGACUCAUUUGACGUCUUUUAAUAUUCGAGCGGAGUGAUGAUUAAAUAGUUUAAAGUUAGUGUUAUAGAUUCAAUAAAUUUGCACCCAAACUAUAUCGAUUUUGUGCUAACAAUUGAGAAAACUAAAUUCCAUUAAAAGUUACUGUUAACCAUCUUAGCGUACAUUUUCUUUAGUAUUUAUUCUUGUACAAAGAAAGAUACCCAAAUUUGUAUUAACCUUGUGGCUACCUGCACUCCGUCUUCUGUAUAAAGCAAAUGCAUCUAAUUUAGCUAUAAUAGUUGUUGUUAUAUAUUAAUCGCUUAUAAAACUACUUACUGACACGCAAAAAAAAAAA